AUGGCUUUCCUUCACAAGGACUCUCAUGUGUGUGCAAAGAGUGAGUUGGAUCUCUUUAAUUUACCUCUAACCGAUGAAUCUUCUGAAAGUGGUGAUUACUUAGAGAUUCACCCCGUUUCUUCAACCAAGGACGGAGGAGUGAUUGAAUUUGUUGUACCACCUGCUUCAGGUGAUUAUUACUAUGAUGUAGCUAAUACUUUGCUCUAUCUCGUUGUUCAACUUGUUGUGCCCUCUCUCGCUACGGGUGAGGCGGCCCCCGCCGUACCUAAGGCAGGCCCUGUCAAUAACUGGCCUCAUGCUUUGUUUGAUCAUAUUCAAGUGCUUUUGAAUGGUAAGGAUACGACAUCUGGGAGUCACUGUUACGGCUAUAAAGCAUAUAUAGACACAAUUUUGGGUUAUGAUCUACCUGCACAACAAUCUCACUUAACUACGCGACUCUUUGCUAAAGAUACUGCUUUCGAAUUUAAUUCUAGAGAUGCUAGAAACAAGGGUUAUGAAGCAAGAGCUAACGCUCUUUCAGACAACCGUUCUGUAGACAUUAUAUCUAAUUUACAUUGUGACUUCUUUGGGCAAGAGCGCUAUCUAAUAAAUGGGGUUGAGAUGAAACUAAGACUCCACAGAAGUAAAACUGCAUUUCAUGUUAUGGCAAGCAGAGAUGCUCAAGUAGAUGUUAGAAUUCACACCGCGAAACUUUUAAUACGUAGAGUUAAAAUUAAUCCUUCAAUUCUCUUGGCCCAUCAUAAAGCUCUCGAAUCUGCAAGUGCAAAGUAUCCUAUAACUAGAGUAGACAUGAAAGUAUUGACUCUAAACGCUGGCAUUAGAAGUAAAGUGAUGGACUCUGUGUACCUAGGGCCUCAACCCCGAAGGGUGGUUAUGGGGCUUGUAGAUAAUAAUGCAUUCAACGGAGAUCUCGAAGAGAACCCUUGGAAUUUUGUUAAUAGUGAUGUGUGUCACCUCGCUGUGUUUUCUGGGGGUAACCAAAUUCCAUCUCAACCUCUGACGCCCGACUUCACCCACCCUAAGUCUCCCCUGUACGUAACUGCUUAUCAUUCACUUUUCUCUGGUACUGGGAUUCAUUUCAAAGAUGAGGGAAUCAAUAUAAAUAGAAGCGAAUACCCAGGAGGGUAUUGUCUUUAUGCAUUUGACCUGACGCCAAACCUCUCUUCACACACUGGUCUUUGGAAUCUCCAAAAGACUGGCAGUCUGCGUAUUGAGAUUCGUUUUAAAUCCGAAUUGGCUAAAGCUGUGAAUCUCAUUGUUUAUUCUGAAUUCGACUCGCUCAUUGAAAUUGACAAGUACAGGAACGUACAAACCGACUUUGCUAAUUAG